UGCCGGGAGGCGGGCCUCGGGUCGCGCGGCCGCUGGCGGGCGGGCCUCUCGGGGCCGGGCGGACUCACGUGACCCUUGCGGGCCUUGGAGCGGCGAGCCGCCCAGAGGAGGCGGUGACGGCGGUGGCGACCGCAGCACGGGAGGUAGCGGCCUGGGGAAGGACCGCCGGCCGCCCUUUCGGACAUCCUCGGCGGAGGCGAAACAUGGCGGAGGCCUCGGCGGCGGGGGCGGACGCGGGCUCCGCUGUCGCGGCGCACCGUUUCUUCUGCCACUUUUGUAAGGGCGAGGUCAAUCCUAAACUACCGGAAUAUAUAUGUCCCAGAUGUGAAUCAGGCUUUAUUGAGGAAGUGACAGAUGAUUCCAGUUUUUUAGGUGGUGGUGGAAGCCGGACAGACAAUAGCACAGCGACACAUUUUGCAGAGCUUUGGGACCAUCUGGAUCAUACAAUGUUUUUACAAGAUUUUAGACCAUUUCUAAGUAGCAAUCCACUGGACCAAGAUAACAGAGCCAAUGAGAGAGGUCACCAAACUCACACUGACUUUUGGGGACCAAGUCGGCCUCCAAGGUUGCCAAUGACAAGAAGAUACAGGUCUCGGGGAAGUACUCGUCCCGACAGAUCGCCAGCUAUCGAAGGAAUAAUACAACAGAUCUUUGCAGGAUUCUUUGCAAAUUCUGCCAUUCCUGGAUCCCCACACCCUUUUUCUUGGAGCGGGAUGCUGCACUCCAACCCUGGGGACUAUGCUUGGGGUCAGACAGGGCUUGAUGCCAUUGUAACCCAGCUUCUAGGACAGCUGGAAAACACAGGUCCCCCUCCAGCUGACAAGGAGAAGAUCACAUCUCUCCCAACAGUGACAGUAACUGAGGAGCAAGUCAAUACGGGUUUAGAAUGUCCAGUAUGCAAAGAAGAUUACACAGUUGAGGAGAAAGUCCGGCAGUUACCCUGCAACCACUUCUUUCACAGCAGCUGCAUUGUGCCAUGGUUAGAACUGCAUGACACAUGCCCAGUAUGUAGGAAGAGCUUAAAUGGUGAGGACUCCACUCGGCAGACCCAGAGCUCUGAGGCCUCUGCAAGCAACAGAUUUAGCAAUGACAGCCAGCUACAUGACCGAUGGACUUUCUGAAACUAAAGAGCACACCUGAGCCAGGGCUGCCUGUGUUAGUCCUGCUAUCAUAGCUGUAAAUUGUAUCAAAACUAAACAAAAUAGUAGAUGGACUUAGGAAUCAUGUAAGAAACCCCAACCCAUAAUAUUAAUGCAAAUGAGUGUAUCUCUUCUCUUAAAUUUAAAGUUAGGACUUACAGAUGGAAUUGUAUCGACAACCAAAUGCCUCUUGUUCCUGAAUUGAGUGAUAGUUUUAUAAGUGUGAAACUUAAUUAUGUCAGUUUUCUCCUGCCUGAUUAGAAUCAAUUCCUUAAAGUCUAGGUAGGGUUCUACUGUCAUGUUGUCUUGUAAUGGAUGUCUCUACCUCCUCCUCCAAUCUCUAUCCUACCAUUAGUGGAUUUCACAGCAAAUACAGAGAAGCCAGAGCCCUGAGGUCCUGUGAUAUAAGUCUUUUUUUCCUUAACUGUACAAGAGUACAAGUAUCUACUCUUGACCCCAUUAGCAAGGUAAAACUAAUUCAGGGGUCUGAGACUCUUGUGCUGUUGUGUCUCGAUCAUCAGAGAGCAAAUCAAGAAAAUUACAGUGGGAAGGGAAAAUGGCUCGUCACUAUGAUGACACUUUGAUUUUCUUAUUUUAGUUCAGGAAGCACAGUUUCCCUAAAAAUCCCCAUGGCACGUCUUACUUAGUCUUGGGGUGGUAGAAAUCUGAUUUUGGUUCUUCUGUGACAUUAGAUUGAGCAGCAUAUAGACAUGGAAAGACAGAUGUGGGAGAUUUUACUACUGAGAUGUUUUUAAUGACCCUCAACUCACUGUUUAUUGUCUUUCAUACUAGGGACCUUACAAUAAUUUUCUUCAUAAAAUAAUUUCCUUCAAAAAAAUAAAUUCCUUCAUAAAAAAUAGAAUUAUUUUAUUACUGCUUCUAUACCAGUUCACAGUUUUGGUAAUUCAUUGUUAUUUAGGAAUUAAAAUUGUAUGUUGUCUUGUUUUAGUUUGUAAAGCCCAUUUUUCAUGUCUGAAACAUUUCCUGUUCUGUUCAGUUCUAGCAUACUUGGAAUCAAUCUGAUCAAUGUAAUCAUGCCCAAAACAACUUAGUUUGGGAAAGGUAGACCGCAUUUUAAAUUCUAACAAUGCUCAUACACAUACUCUGUACAUAUGUUUAAAAUGGAAUAAAUGGAGAUUGUGGAGCAUGU